AUGUCUAAGGUUUUUAUUACAGGUUCAUCUUCGUUUAUUGGACUACACGUACUUAACGAGCUACUCCAAAAUGGUUACCAAGUAAGGGCUGAUGUAAGAAGUCAAGAACAAGUUACUAGCUUUGAAAAUUUUUUCAAGUCUAAUAGAAAGUAUUUGAUUAGAGAGUUAGACGAUACAUACGUAACCAUGUUGUAA